AAGGGAAGGGUCACCUACACCCUAAUGGCAUUUCUACUAAUCUUCCAUGAUUUGACUACGCAUUAUGCUCGCUUCCCAUUUGUAUUCCAGAUCUUCUGUUCAGAAUGGGGCCUCCUCUUUACCUCCUAUCAGAUUUGGCCCUUCCCUCCUACCAAGGAGACCGCUGGUAACAUUCACAUUUUUACAUGGAAUUUUUCGAAAUAAAGGGGGCGGUAUAGGAUUCGAACCCCCGAUAUCACUGCUAAGACCCUCCGACUCGCCCACUCGAGCCGCUUAGCCCUUCAAAUUGGUGAUGAAGGUGCAUCAGGCUUAGGUACUGGUUUAGCUAAUUGUACUAAUGUCUCAAAUUUGACACUUGAUCUUCGUUGGAAUAAAAUUGGUGAUUAGGGUGCAUCAGGUUUAGGUUUUGGUUUAGCAAAUUGCUCCAAUCUCUCAAAUUUGUCACUUUAUCUCAAUUAAAAUUAAAUUGGUGCAAUGGGUGCAUAAGGCUUAGGUUCUUCUUUAUAAAAUUGCCCAAAUCUCUCAAAUUUAACAGUUGAACUUGAGUAAAUUUAGUUUAUUUGUUUUGGAUUGUGA